AUGGCGCAAAGCGACACGCCUUCGGCAUUCCGAAAAAAGGCCAUUGGUGCCCUGCAAAAUCUUUACGACAAAUCUUCAGAUCUAACAGAGUCAGUGGCACAUGAACCUUCAGGGAAACGGAUGCUGGCAGCCGCCGCGUUAUCGACCAUGCUGCAGAGUGGGCUUAACAAGGUCUCCUCAACGGGUAGUGCUGCUGGCCACUACGGUAUUGAACAACGAGGCGGCCAUUUCACAGAUCGUGUGAUUGAAAAGGUUUUGGAUGUUGCUCUAGCUCCGAAAGACCGCAGGCCAAUCGAAGAAAAGCUGACAGACCCACAUCGCACCAAACGUCCUCGGUUGUCUGUGCGAACACUGUUUGGUAACUUCAAAAGGCUAAGUGCCCGGCUGGACAUUUUGUUUCGCGUGCAAUACGGAAUUGUGCGUAUUUCUUCCUGGGACGAUCCCUCAUUGACAUUGACUGCUUUGGUACUGUAUUCGUUCGGGUGUGUCUAUCCGCAUUUGCUGCUGAUGUACCCAGCCGUGUGGGUUUUGGGAUACUCCAUGAUUCCGGCCUAUUUGAAUCGCCAUCCACUUGCACGACGGCGUCUAAUCCCUCUGAGAUCACGUGGUGGUCCCGCUCUUGGGUUUUUUGCGCCCGAUACAUUGGAACAGGACGAUAAAUCCAAAGGCCCUGCAGGUUUCAGGGACAGGAACUCGCCGGAUUCGGAUGGAGAGGAGGCAUUGACUGCGGCAGUGCUCAUGGAUAUCUCCAACGACAGUGAUGGAUCUAUUAUUUUGGAUGAUUCACAAGCAGAAUCGCAGACAGGAUCACAAGCGGAAUCUCAACCGGAACAGACAGCUCCCACCACAGCAUCUCCUGUGAACCCAAUAUUGCCCGACGAAACUCCACCCACUCCAAAUAAGACUGCCAGACGGGUGGACCUUCUUCUUAACAUGAGAGAUUUGCAGAACUUGACGGGAGACGUGAUCGGUCUCAUGGACUCUACAGAGCAGUUUUUCUACAGCCAGGCUGGUUUUAGUGAUGAGGUAGGAUCCACUGUGCUAUUUUUCAGACUGUGGCUGUAUGUGGCCGUGGUAUUCUUUUUGGGUCCUUUUAUUCCGUGGAGAUCGAUUUUCGUGGUGAUGGCAUGGGUUGGACUGGGCUUCCGACUGCCUAAGGUGAAGGAACUCGUCAAAUUGUACAAGGUGCGGCAACAGGAGCUCAGAAACAGGAAGGAGGCUACGGAUGCUGAAUCUGCAAGGAACAAGGGCCCAGACAGGGAAGUCAAAACUGAUCCAAAGCUGGAGUCACAGCCAAAGCCCUUGAUCAAGCAACGCAUGUCGGAGAGCAUCAUCGUUGACGAGCCUCCUGAAGUAGAGGAAGUCGAGGUUUUCGAAAUCGAGCAACGAAGUUUCACAUCAACAGAGUACAAUCCUGUGUGUUUUUCACCCUCAGCAUUCGAUGCGGACACAGAAGAGAGAAUGCAUAGAUGGAGACCGGCCGGAGUACCCAUGUUGGAGGAAGUCCUUCCCCCCACGGGAUGGAGAUUCAAUUCCAGUGAGGACUGGAAUAUCGAUACCAACCCAGCAACCUGGUGUCUUGAACGAUACUUGAAGCUGGUUCCUGCUGACGAGGGCUGGGCCUAUGACGAGCAGGGCGAUUUCAGAAGGAGACGUCUGGUCAGAUUUGCUCAUCGGCUACCCAAACCGCCGCUCCACCCAGGAAAAGCCGCCAAGGACACGAGCGCCUGA